AUGUUGUUAUAUAUUCUCUUCUUUAUCAUUAAACUAAUCGUCUCUAGUAUUCAGCAGCCUCAGCAGCAGUGUAACUGCCAACGUCAGUAUGUGCUUAUAGGCGAAGCACGCUCAAAUCUAUCACUUAUACAAGUUUAUCAGUCUAAUUCAAUUCGCGAAUUGAGAUUGAAUACCAAAGGUACAAACACAAUCGAAUCAUCGAUCGAUCUUGAUCGUCCAUUAGACUCAGUUCAUCAAUAUGCAAAUACGAUGAUGAUUGGAUUAAUCUGGAAUAUGAUACCUCGACAUAUUCUUAUUAUUGGACUUGGUGCUGGUAUUCUACCGAGAAUACUUCGCUCGUAUUAUCCUCUCGCACAAAUCGAUAUCGUCGAAAUUGAUCCAAAUAUCUUAGAUGUAGCUCGCGACUACUUUGAUUUUCAAUCUGAUUCUCGGAUGAAUGUCAUUAUCCAUGAUGCACGAUAUUAUAUCAGGACUUCUGUUAAAAAAUACGAUAUCAUAUUUUCCGAUGCCUUUCUUGAAACUGAUGAAGGGACACCUUAUCACUUGAAAACUGUUGGAUUUCUGUCUGAACUGAAACGAAUAAUGGCCGAUGAUGGUGGUGUGCUUGUUAGCAAUUUACACCGUCGAUACAGUGAUUACAAUCGGCUUCGACAAACAUAUUCAUUUGUCUAUCAAUAUAAUUAUGCUUUUCUUGGUAAAGGAAAAUGUAACUAUGCAAUCCUUGCCUCCGUCAACGAAAGAAUAACCUAUGAAGAGAUGUUGAGCAGAGCACGUCACUUGCAAGACAUCAAACGUUUUCGAUUCAAUUUAACAGCAGAAAUAAUAAAGUUGGAAAUUGAAGAGCAAUGGAACAAAAACAGUGAUGUGCUAAAAGAUUCUGUUGCUUUGUAUAUCGUUGAUACUCAAAACGAACGAGUUCUCCAAUAUGAUGCUAAAGGUACUUCGGAGGGACAUAUCGUCGUCCUAGGAGGAGAAGGUCGAGGUGAUGGUGUCAAUCAACUAGAAAAUCCACAAG